CUUUUCUUCAGAACUCACCACCACCACCACACCCCACCAGAACGAACUUUGAACUGAUCAAAGAAAUAAGGAGAUCAUGAAACAAUGACAACAACAACAACAACAUCAACAACCACCCUCUCCCUCUUCACCCGCCGCGUCUACCACCUCCCCCCACCCCCACUCCCCAAAACCAAACACUCCAACCGCGCCAGCUUCCUCGACUUCGCCCGCCGCCACGACCUCGACCGCUCCUCCACCGUCUUUGUCGGCAACCUCUACGAAUACACCGUCCAGGCCGAUCUGCGCCACGCCGCCGCGCUGUGUCUGCACCGCACCGGCGGCCGCAGCGACCACGGCAUCGACCACCUCGGCACCUGGCACCUCCCGGGCCACGAGACCCCGUUGCAUGUGGCGGUGCAGUGUAAAGCGCACCGACGCCGCGUGGGGCCUGCGUGUAUCCGGGAGUUGGAGGGCGUGCUUGCGCGGCGGAUGCCACAUACCUGGCGGCUUGCCGCCCACAACCCUCCGCGCGUCGGGAUGUUGGUGAAUUACCGCGAGGCGACGGCAGGCGUGCGCACCGCGCUGCAGCGGAGUAGUCUGCCCCUCGUCUAUCUGAUGGUGGAUCUACGGGGGACGCUGCGGCAGGCGCUGUGGAAUGAGGCGGUUGAGGCGCUGGGGGUGGCGCCGUUGGGGGUGGAGGUUGUGCAUGGGUUGAAAGAAGGAGAAGCAGAAGCAGAAGCAGAAGCACCCGUAAAUUUGCCAGGCAAACCGGAAGCGAAUGGGGAGACAGAACUACGGAAACAAUUGGCGUGGUGGGAGGAGGAGGGAGAGGUCAUACCUAGCGGUGGGCUACCCGAGUUGCAUUCGGGCACGCACAACAGCCAGACACCGCCGAUACGCUUGACCUGGGAUGGGCAGGAGUUGCCCGGGAUGGACGAGGUGGAGGCGUUGAUGCUGCGGCAGGAGGAGAAAUGGUGGCGGCUGUGGAAUCUGUGGCCGGAGGAUCAAGAAACGAAAUACGAGGCGCUCUCCGUGAUCCAGAGCCGAUUCCCAGAGGAGAAGCCGCUGCUCUGGGCGACGGGCGGGGUGCCCAGUUUGCUGUCGGAGAAGGAUCGCGCGGGUUUGGUGCGCGAGUUGGAAGCUAUGGGGUUGAGUAGGGGCGUUGCAGAGGAGCAGUCACAGUCACAGUCACAAGCCCCAAGUCCUACGUGAGAGAAUACCAGUAUAGAAGCCAACAAACACGCAUCAAAACUGGAUUCAAAGGGGGUAUAAUUAUAUAGAUACAGUCAAGGAAACGCCACCAACCCAACGACUCCAUAA